AUGAAAGAAGAGGGAGCCAACGGCAACGGCAGUACAAAUGAAUAUGGAUAUGGAUAUGAAUAUGAUUUCCAGGAAAGUAACGAGAAAACUGCUUCCUCACCGACUUUCACUUUAACUGCUCAGGCAGUUUCUGACGUUUUCAAACGCAAGACUGUUAUUGUUCAGGGUAAAGGAUUCAGUGGGCCAAAAGUAGAGAAGCCUCCAUCAGUGUUUAAUGCCGCGAAUUUGGCUUAUAUUGAUGAUAGUAUUUUUGAGCUAUAUGCUUGUACGCACUUUUUGUUUCCUCCAUUGAGUCUUGAGGAACAUAAUGACUAUGUGAUUGCAGUUGUACGCUGUGAAGUACAAGAUGCAUUGCUCCAGAAACUUCUCAAUGAUAAUUACCGUCAGAGAAAGAAAGGGGUGUUCUUCGUUGGGGAAAGAAUGUUGGUUUAGCUAAAACAUGAACUAAAAAACGUGUUGGGGUAGCAGUUUACAACUGAGCGUCUUCACUAGAAACAUUAGUUGGUUAUCUCUACCUGACAAAUGUAAAUAGUUUGGAAGAGUAAUGCUUACGUUGGGAUUCUCAACUGGUUCUUCUACACAAAUGAUUAUGGAGGAAGCAAACAGUAAGUCAACUAUCUAGAGUGCGCCUUUCUUGUUUGUAAAUCAAAUUUGUAUCGAGCACCUUACCUCUUCGCUUUUGUAAUAAAAUGCGUGCCACAGUGACAUGAUAUGGGCAUCAUGUGCUCAGGUGCAAACGUCAUGCACGUUUCUUUUAUUUCCUUUCAAGCUUGAGAUUCUAAGGUUAUGAUGUUGUGGGGCAAGAAAGCUAGGGGAAAGCUAAGAUCACAUUAUGUGGCAAAUGAUGGCAGAUUAAAAUAGAACUGGCUAAUUAGGACUGAAACCUGUGUAGAGAGAUAGUGUAAGUUAGUGACAAUGGUGUCUCUUUCAUGAUGAUAAAAAGAAAAGGACUUGUGCCUUACAUGCUUUUUGGCUAACCCUAUGAACACAUGCCUUGGCCAAGCAUGUAGCCUCGCCUAUGGAUAGCUUUAAUGACAUGAAUUUGGGAUC